AUGGCCACAUCCUCACUACUGCGUUCCCUAGGUACACAAGCAAUAAGUGUCUCACAGUCCUUAGAAUCCUUCCAACGAAUAUGGCUCGGUUCCCGAUUGUCACGACCCUUCCCACGUCGAUUGGGUCUAGCCAUCAGCGGUGGUGCAGACUCCAUGGCUUUAGCAUACUUGAGCAAGCAAUGGGAAAAGAGUGAACCCGAUGAGAUAUCCGUUACAGCGCUCGUGGUCGACCACAAAGCGAGAGAAGAGAGUACUCGCGAGGCUCAGAUGGUCUCCCAAUGGUUAAAAGACAUCGGUAUAAAGUCUGAAGUCCUCGAGCUCACUUGGCCUGAAGCUACUAAAGUGACUGCUUUCGAGACACACGCUCGCAGACUUCGUUUCCAAGCCCUUGGCAAAGCAUGUCGAGAGCUCCAGAUUGAGGCCCUACUAAUGGGCCACCACCAAGAUGACACCGUCGAGACGACCAUCUGGAGGCUCUGUACCGGAGCCAAAGGCGCCGGAUUAGCUGGUAUCCCCCAGGUGACGCGAAUCCCAGAGUGUCACGGUCUCUACGGUGUCUCCGAGAGCGGGUCAUCAUACACCAUCCCAUCCAAACAGCAACCCCAGCGUCAUACCACUAUAUCAACUGGAGGAAUUCUCAUCUGCCGCCCACUCCUCUCCUACCCCAAAACCCGACUCCUAGCCACCUGCCACGAAAACAACAUCCCCUACGUCUCCGAUCCAACCAACUUUGACCCAACUCUAACCCCCCGCAACGCAAUCCGCAGCCUCCUUUCCAACAACCAGCUCCCCAAAGCCCUCCAACCCCCUUCCAUCCUCUCCCUCGUCAAAUCAAGCCAAUCCCUCCUCACAACGAGCACAACCCUCUCAAACACCCUCCUCCAAACCUGCAAACUCACCCACCUCAACCUCCCCUCCGGCUCCCUAAUCCUCCACUUCCCAAAAACCCCAACCCCCCUCCUCACCUCGUCCAAAAACCCCCACGAAAGAACCCACCAACUACAAUGCCUAACCCUCCGCCGCAUAACAGACCUCAUCUCCCCAUUCCCAGAAAACCACUUCCCACUCCGCAGUUUCGAGAGCUUCACCCACCUUGUCUUCCCAAGCGAUACCCAAGUACCCCACACCCAAAAGAAACCCUUUACCCUAGGCGGGGUGCUAUUUCAACCGCUCCAACAGCAAAAAUCAAAAGACAAUGCAGCAACAAAAGAAGCACAAGAGAAGAGCCCCGAUGAUAAGGAUAUUGACGGGAAUGCAUGGCUUUUAUCCCGCCAACCCUUCAUGCGCAACCGGUUACCAACGCUUCGGGUCGAGGUGCCUUUUUCGGACACUUCGGUGAAGUACACGUCCUGGAAUUUGUGGGAUAAUCGAUUCUGGGUUCGUUUGGCUAUUGUUCCAGGACAAGGGUCUUCGGGUGGGACGAUGGAUGGAGAUGUUGGUGGAGUUGAGAAGGUUCCGAAAGGGGGGGAGGGAGUGUCUCUUUUUAUCCGUCCGCUUCAGCCGUCUGAUUUGCAAGUUAUUCGACGGGUUGUGGAUGAACGGGGAGGGAAUCCUGGGAGGAAGAAGACAGAUCCAGCUUUGGUUGCGUUGAUGGAAAGGCUUGCGCGGGAUGCUCCGGGACAAACUCGGUUUACGCUUCCUUUGGUGGUGGUUGAGAAGGGUCCUUGUGGACUUGAGUAUGACUUACCGGUGGCGUUGCCGACGUUGGAUCUGUGGAUUCCUGAGAUGUGGGAGUGUUUGCAGAUUUCGAGGUUGUGGAAAUUACAGUGGGAGUGGAUGUAUAAGAUGAUUGACAACGAGCCGUUGGAAUUGAUGGGCUGGUUGUAA